UUAAAGGUGCUUGUUCUUCUCCCCACAUUCCGGCGGCUGCGACGACUGAGCUGCGACUGCGGAUGGGACCUCACUGGUCGUGCAACCGCGCGCUUCCACGGCAACACCGGAUGCAGUUUGGGCCCCGCCCUGCGCCUCCGCAAUCCAGUGCGCCCCCGGCGGAGCGCAUGGCCGGCCGUGCGUCGGCCGCCGCCGGGAGCCGGCUCAGAGUCAAGUCAACUCAAGGCAGCUCGCUUAUGCUCCACGAAUCUUCUUGCCCCUGUUCUCAUUCCAAGCAACCUGGUAGGUCGAUCCUAUCGCUUCUUGCCCAUCUGGUCUACUUGGAUAUUUUGUCAGAAGCCAGCUGCAUCCCCAGAACUAGAUGAGACGCGGCAUGCUAUUUUGUGUCGCUCAAAGAAAUUCCCCACAAGUUUGUGUCCAAUAACUUGUCACGCCCUUUCUAGCGUCUGAGAGUCAGAGUGAUCUAGUUGCAGAGUACUGUCCCCAUCUAAUCCACUGGAUGGAGUAACUCUUUUCAGUACUAUAGAAUAUUGUGCCGGUGCCAUAGCCGCGUGUCUGAAAAAGAACAGCUCUGAUCAAUUGUUACAGCACACAGGUUAUAGUGUUCCUGAUUCAACAGCUAGUUUCUUUUCCUGUGUAAUCAGAAAUGUCUGGCAAAUAUGAUGUUUGGGAGAAUAAGCUACAGAAUCCAAAUGCAACACCAAUAUCUCUUCCACUAGAAUUUUUAAAAGCCAUAACACAUGAUUUUUCCGCUGAGUCGGAACUCGGCGAAGGUGGCUAUGGGGUGGUUUACAAGGGAGUUCUUCAGAGUGGGAAAAUUAUUGCUGUGAAGAAGCUUUUUGAAAUACGUCUAAAAGAUGAAACAUUCCAGAAUGAGGUCAGAUAUCUUAUGGGGAUCAAGCACCAACACAUAGUUCAACUUGUCGGUUACUGUGCUGAAUCAACAUGGGAAGCAAUAGAGCAACCAAGUGGGAGUGGGAAUCAUAUUUUUGCUGAAAUACCGAAACGGUUACUCUGCUUCGAGUAUGUAUGCAACAAAGGCCUUGACAAGUAUAUUUCAGAUGAAUCUUUGGGGCUCGAAUGGAACAUGAGAUACAAGAUAAUUAAGGGAAUUUGCAGUGGUUUGUAUUUCCUUCAUGAGGAAUGCCGCAUUGUUCAUCUGGACCUUAAGCCUGAAAAUAUAUUGAUGGAUGCUGCAAUGAUACCGAAAAUCGCGGAUUUCGGUUUAUCGAGGAUUUUUGGCAAGCAGCAAUCUCGAAUUAUCACUGAUAGUCGUGCCGGGACACGUGGAUAUAUGGCACCAGAAUACCAAUUCCAGGGGGUAGUCUCCAUCAAGGCAGAUAUCUUCAGUUUUGGCGUUAUAAUCAUUGAGAUAAUGGCAGGUCGGAGGGACUAUCCAUUUUUCCAGCAAGGCAGUCCUAAGAGUGUAGAUACAUCUUUCCAAUACUUCAAAGAGAAAGUGCUUAGAAUUUGGAGGAACAAAUUUUUAGCCACAUCGAAGUUUACAUCAGUGGCAAAAUAUAUGCAACAAGUAGAACAAUGCAUAACCAUAUCCCUAAAAUGUGUGGAUCCUGACACGGCGAAAAGACCUACUGCAAAGGAUAUAAUCAAAAUGCUUUAUGCAGCAGACCAGUUUCUUGACAUCCACCCGCUGGAGCUCCAGUUCCCCUUCGAAUCCAACAAGUUGAUGACAUGCUCACUGCACCUGACAAACAACACAGAUGAAAACGUGGUGUUUAGACUGAUGGAGAAGAGACAUAACUUCUUUUGCCUGCCUCAGUAUGGUGUCGUGCCCCCGAGGUCCACUUACAUUCUUGUUGUUACAGCGGAUAAAAAGGAUAACCUUCCAAAAGAAAGAGACACUGAUUUAAUUCUGCAUCACAGUACAAGUGCUAAAUAUAUCAAGCCCUUCCGACGCUUGUAUGAUUGUGACCAAUAUCUUGAGGAAACUGAGGAGUUGGGGAAUGUGGUGCAGAAGUUGACACUGAAAGCUGUUUAUGCUAUGGAUGGAGAGCCGACAUGUGAGCAGAUAGACCCACCUUUAAUAAAGAUCAUAUCCGUGGAGGAGACUGAUGUGAAGUUGUAUGCCCUAGAAGCAAACCAGAUAGAGCCAUGGAUUAUAACAGGUCAUGCAGACGGGUGUGUUGAUAUAUGGAACUGUAACACACAGAAAUCAAUGAGGUUGAUCAACGUCUCUCGGGCCAUAGUUUGUUCCGUUAAAUUUAUUGAAAGAAAGUGCUGGUUUCUGGCUGGAUCAACGGAUGGUCUGAUUAGUGUGUACAAAUACAACCGUACUACAAAAGUGCAAGCAACCACCCGUUUCAUAGCUCAUGAAGACUCGUACAGUAUCAGAUCACUGGCCGUUCAUGCAACGCAGCCCUAUGUGCUGUCAUCAUGUGGUACGCACAUAAAGCUUUGGGACUGGGACCAGAACUGGAAGUGCAGACAAACAUUCGAGGCACAGUCCACGGUAAAUCAAGUCGCAUUUAACCCGAAGGACGCCAACAGUUUUGCAAGUGCUUCGGACGAUCACACAGUAAAGAUUUGGAGUAUUGAUUCUUCAGAACCUAAGUAUACUCUCUCUGGUCAUUUGGGUGGAGUGAACUGCCUCAAUUUCUUCACAAGCAACGAUCAACAGUAUUUGAUUACUGGUUCGGAUGAUAAGACUGCUAAGAUAUGGGACAUGCAGAAAAGGAUGUGCGUCGAUACCCUGAAGGCUUUUAUGUCUCCAGUUAUUUCUUCCAUUUCCCAUCCCUGUCUUCCAUUUUUAAUUACAGGUACAAGGGAUGGUGCUAUUCAUUUGUGGAACUCCACUACUUUCAGGCUUGAGAGAAUCCUUAACAUUGGCUGCCAUCGAGAAGUUCGUGGUCUUGUCGCUUUGGUGGGGUCAAGAAGGGUUAUGAUUGGGCAUGAUUCGGCAGUAUCGAUGUUGGAGAUCCAUGAUGAAGUACCAGUUGAUACCAAGGGCAAAAUGAAAGUGCCAAAUGUCAGUGACAAGAACUGAAGUUCCAUAAGUGUCACAAAUUAGAAAAUCCAGGAUCUCGCCUUUUCUGUUUUGCACCAGAGAAUCUAAUAUCUGCAUUCCGAGCGAAGACAACCGUGGAUUGAUGAAUGACAUGUUUCAAUUUGAUAGAGCAGAGUAGCAAUUAUGUUGUUGGCCGGGUUUUGCUUACUCUUGCUUCCUAAAAACAUGUAAUUCAAGCAAAUAUCAUGCAUACACAAUGUAAAGAUUGCUUUGGGGGUGAUCUGCGUAUACAGUUGAUUUUCUAGUGCGUCCUUCUGUGUAGAUUUACUCCUGAAAAGAACUGUUUUGCCACGCUAAGUUAUUUA